GACGUCACAUUCCUGCAUUCCCUUUCCCUGUGUCAGAGCUGGGCUUGCUUUCCCUCCCUCCUUCUCUCUCUGUCUCCCCUCUCUCUCUCUUUUUUUUUUCCUCUUUCUCUCUGUCUUUUCCUUUCCCCCCAGCCUCUCCCCCUUCCCCACCGGCCAGCAGCAGCCUUGAGCAAGCCAGGCCCCAUGAAACCGAAGCCUGGAAUCUGAUCUCCGGCGCCCCUCCCUCGUCCUCCUCUCCCCACCGACCCGAGCCGCAGUGUGGAGGGGGAAAUCGAGGCUCCCAACCUGGAGAUGGAAAACUCAUCGGCGGCGUCGGCCUCCUCCGAGGCAGGGAGCAGCCGUUCACAGGAGAUUGAAGAGCUGGAGCGGUUUAUCGACAGUUACGUGCUGGAGUACCAAGUGCAGGGGCUGCUGACAGACAAGACGGAAGGGGAUGGCGAGAGUGAGAAGACGCAGUCCAACAUCUCCCAGUGGACGGCGGAUUGCAGCGAGCAGCUAGAUGGUAGCUGUUCCUCCUCCCGAGGGAAAGCCCUCUCUCAACAGAAUGGCAACAAAGACCAGUCUCUGGACAUGCUGGGUACUGAUAUCUGGGCAGCGAAUACCUAUGAUUCCUUCAGCGGAGCGACGUGGGAUUUGCAGCCAGAGAAACUGGACUUUACCCAGUUCCACCGGAAACUCCGAAAUGCUCCUAAACACCCCCUCCCACACAUAGACCGAGAAGGGCUUGGGAAAGGGAAGUUGGAAGAUGGGGAAGGAAUCAGCCUGAACGACAUCGAGAAAGUCCUUCCCGCCUGGCAGGGAUAUCAUCCUCUGCCCCAUGAAGCAGAAAUUGCCCAUACCAAAAAAUUGUUCAGGAGGAGGAGAAACGACCGGAGGCGACAGCAGCGUCCCCCGGGAACCAACAAGCCCCAGCAGCACACAGACCACCCGCAGGGCAGUGCCAAACACAGCCGGGACCACCAAAAGUCCUACCAGGGAGGCCAGGCGCCCCAUUCGUCAGGGAGGCCGAGUCACCAUGGCUACAGCCAGAACCGGAGGUGGCACCACAGCAACCAGAAGCAUUCGCCGGGCGACAAAGAAACCGUUCACAGAAACGCCAAAGAGACUGAGAACCUGAAAAUCGAGGACGCCUCCGUGUGCACGGUGCAUAUUCCCCUGGAGAUGCACCGAAGCCCUGAGGCAGCAGAGAGACAGUCCCAGCAGUUCGGUCAGGAAGCGGAAACCAAGCGGAAAGACAGUCUUCACGAGCGGAUCGGAGAAAGGCCCAAAAUUAAUUUGCUUCAGUCCUCCAAAGACAGGCUACGGAGAAGGCUAAAGGAAAAGGUACCGGAUGAGGUGGCAGUGGAGACCUGCAACCCCCAGAGGAACAAGAUGGACAAGCUGAUCGAGAUCCUGAACAGCAUGAGGAACAACAGCAGCGACGUGGACGCCAAGCUCACCACUUUCAUGGAGGAGGCGCAGAACUCCACCAACUCUGAGGAGAUGCUGGGGGAGAUCGUCAAGACCAUCUACCAGAAGGCGGUAACGGACCGCAGUUUCGCCUCCACGGCCGCCAAGCUCUGCGACAAGAUGGCCCUCUUCAUGGUGGAGGGGACCAAAUUCCGGAGCCUUCUCCUCAACAUGCUGCAGAAAGACUUCACCAUUCGGGAGGAGCUGCAGCAGAAGGACGUAGAGCGCUGGCUGGGUUUCAUUACCUUCCUCUGCGAAGUGUUUGGCACCAUGAGGAGCAGUACUGGGGAGCCCUUCCGAGUCCUCGUCUGCCCCAUCUACACCUGCCUCAGGGAGUUGUUGCAAUCUCAGGAUGUAAAGGAGGAUGCCGUUCUUUGUUGUUCCAUGGAGCUGCAGAGCACGGGCCGGUUGCUGGAGGAGCAGCUGCCGGAGAUGAUGACCGAGCUGCUGGCCAUCGCCCGGGACAAGAUGCUGUGCCCCUCGGAGUCCAUGCUGACGCGGUCCCUGCUCCUCGAGGUCAUCGAGCUCCACGCCAACAACUGGAACCCCCUGACCCCGACCAUAACCCAGUACUACAACAAAACCAUCCAGAAACUGACAGCCUGAGGCGAGGCAGAGAGGGACGGGGAGGGAGGGCGGGCAGGCCCAGGCGGGGAGGGUAGUAGCAAGAAGACACGCACCUUAAACCGGAAGCAGGAAGGAACAACAGUAUCUCUAAUGAAGCGAGUUUAUGCAUCUGCCCAAAGCCAGAGGAGGAAGACCGAAACCUUUCACGAUCGAAUACCUAAGAGGCCAAACUCCCAACAUGCUGCAGUGGACACUCACGAGGGGAAAAAAAAAAAAGCAUGCUGAUUUGGAGCUGGGUCCCCCAGCAGCACCUCCCCAGCCCCUCGCCCUCCCACCCCCUCCGCCUCCAACCGCCCCCCGCCAGGUUUUUGUGGCGGGGGUUUUCAUUCUGAUGAAAACGCCACGCAGGCGGCGGUGGCGGCAGCAGCUCACGCCGGGUCAUUGUUUAGGUCAGAAAGGAACACGAAGGGUUGAAAAGUGAGUCGGAGUCUGGGUGGGUAUUGUUUUCACCCAUUAUGUUGCCUGGCAGUAGCCAAAUGGCAGGAGACAGCACAUAGCAGAUGUCCUGGAAGGACAAAGGAAGACACGGUCUGCACCAGACGCUGGAAAUUGACGCCUUUUGUCAAGUGGACUGUCGUUUGGGUGGGAUUUGGGGGGGGGGGGCGAGGAGGGAGCCUCGACUAUCCCCCCCCGCCGCUCCCCGCAACUCCCAAAGUCCAAUGAGGUUCUAACUUGGGAUUUUCCUAGGGGGAAAUGGGACCGUUGGAUUUGCACUCUUUCAUUUGGAUGUUUUUUAACAAUGGCAGUUGCUCUGAACUAUUUUUUGCCUUUAUGGAAAACUCCCUAUAAUGCGAGCCCCUGAACGCCUCUUCGAGGACCCCUGAAUAGUGGAGGGACAAGGGCAGGGACCAGGGGAAGAAUCCUAAAGCCACUUUAGAAGUGUUAAAGCCACAAUCGGUUUGCCGGUAGCCAGUUGCAGUCGUCAUAUACUUCUGCUCCUGGAAAUCCGGCUGUUUGGGGUUGCUGCGGAUCGUCAGCUCUCCCCUCACUUUUCCCGAUUAUUUUUGAAGUGCUCAAAUGUACGGUAAAUAGUGCUGAUGCCCUCGCUCAACUCUCAUAUGAUCUGGGCAGAAAGAGGUGAAAUGGAGAGAAACCGGUAAAAAUUGAAAAAAAAGAGGGUGAGGUCUUUGCCAGGGGCGAAGGCAGCUGAAAAUCAGGGCCGGCCAUUUCAUCUUCAGGGCCUUGCUGGGGCUUGCGAGUCUGUGAGCCAGGAGGCCUGGGACAGCCAAGAUCCCCCGGCUGGGUGGCUCUCCAGUCCCCAUUUUCAGAAGCGUGAAACUGCGUCCUGCUCAAAGUUAAAGGGCCUCCCCCACACCGUCCCCCGGCCUCAUCCCGGAGUGACCUCCGGACCACGGUGCUCCCCUUGACCGCUACCCUGAAAUGGAGCAGGUGGACUGCUCAGCAGAGAGCUGGCGAUAGAGGGAAGCCAUGCAUGGCCUUCCCCUUGGGAGUUUGGGCAGGUGAUUUCAUUGUUAUUGGAGAAGAGAAACCUUGAGGGAAGGGUCAAGGGGGGGAUGGUGGGGGUCAGGAGGGAGAGUAACGUUUGCACUGGGUUGGAGUUUGCUCCAAACAAGUAUUAGUCCACGAAGCAAGUGGACAGAGAUGUUUAGGCUUCUGAGGCAGCAGCCCAGUUCCUUUCUACGCAGAGGAGGCCGGGGUUUCCCGAGAAGAAGACGACUCCACCUUUCUAGGUAGCACAGGGGAGGAGAACUGUGAAAAGAACAAAAUACAGAACAUAUUGUUCUGUAACCCCAAUCCCGCCGUGGACCAGCCCUGGUUUGUUUCUUGGAAACCAGCUGAACUGUCCUCAGCCCAGUCUUUUAAGCAGGCUCGCAAACGACUCCCUUUCGGAAUGAAGGAGACCUGCCCCGUCACCGCUGCGCUUCCUGAACGGUGACCAGGAAAUGAUGUCACAGCUCGGGGGCUUCCUUAUUUGCUCCUUUAUUGAGGCUGCGACUUACUAAAUCAUUUCUGGGGCUUGCCCGAUGAAGUCCGGCGGAGUGACGGGGUGGAGAUUUCCCUUUAUUUGUUCAGAACUAGUUCCGAGGGAAAUCGGGAGCGGAAACCGAGCGCGCCGCCUCGGGCCCGUGCCAGCCGUGGCUGGGCACCUUCCGAGAGGGGCCAUUAGUGAGCCCCUUGUUCCGCCUCAGGGACGUGGCCUGCCAGGGUCUGGGACCACCUGCUGGUUCCCACAAGGAGAUCGUGACUGGGGCUGGCUUCUACCCGCUUGCAGUUCCUGGGGGCGUGGGACCCAAAGGGGGUGGAGGUGGGCCUUACGCUUGCUGACGGUGUCUACAAAGAUAGCCUUUCCAGCAGCAGAAACCCUCUUUCUGGACAGAGAGAGGGGGAAAAGCGGAAACCUGCCCAUGGCGGGAGAGGGCCCCCGGCAAGGGAAGGGAAAGAUGCAUCCCAGCAGCCAUGCCAUUGUUUGAACAUGUAUCCGCACGUACAUGUGUGUUUGUGUGUGUGUAUGUGUGGGUGUUCCACACCCGCAAGCAUGUGUUCUCCUUUUCCAAAGCGUAUGGGAAGAAGGGGGAGGUUGGCAGAGGAUAGGGAUCCCUCAGCAUGGAAACCAUAGUUUCCCUUCUGGAACCCGAGCCGCCCCGCAGAGCCUCCCUGGAGGAGAUGCUUUGGGAAGACCCCGGGGGGCCGCAAAGAUCCAUGCUCUAGGGUGCUGUCCCCCAGGUGACUGGGCAGCCGAUGUGAGGGUCACCUCCGGGGUCAGAAAAGCCCACCCAGGUCCGACGCGGGGCAGGGGAUAAGCGGUCUGAGCAAGGAGAGGUGAGUAGGUUGCCCCAGCGGCUGGGUGGUGCCGAAGGUUCCCCGGCCACACUAGCCCAACUUGUGGUCCCCCCGAUUGUGGAAGCUCCCCGAAGCCCUGACCUUAGGCUGUCCUCUCCUGGGGUGCAGCCCUUACAAACCCUUGCGACAAUAGUGCCGAAGGUGUGAUCUGUGUACAAAUCUCUUUUCAGUUCCAUGUUGUGUCUUGGUGACUUUGAACGUGUGGUUGAUAUAGAAGAUUCCAUUGUUUUACGAUGCUGGCUAGCCCCAUUAAAAAUUUGAUUCAAGUCGUUCGAAUAUAGCCAUCGCUGCUACUCUUUCAGACUUGUGAAAAGUGCUUCAGUCAAAAAAUAGUAUAAAAUCCAGAGGUGAAGGGUGGGGGGCCGGGGGCUGUAUCCAAGGGAUCAGAUAAGAAUGGGGCCCAGAGCCACAGUGCUUCAGGCGGCAUCUAUCCGGAAAGUCCACCUGUCCAGAUCUUAGCCAACCCCGGAGAGCAGGCCCUCAGCCAAGCCGUCCUGUCUUUCACCUGGUAAUCUGAGCCCCCUUUCCAUUUCCACCUCUGAAAGUAUCGUCAUCAUCAGUGGUAAGCUUGUCAUGG